AUGAAGAAGGUCCAUAACUGUAGUUAUUUUAUAAAGAUAGCAAAAUGUGCAAUUAAGGUUGAGUUGGUCAACGAUAGUCUUACCGAAUUAAAGGGUGAGAUUGCUGGUCCUCCAGAUACACCGUAUGAAGGAGGUAACUUUGUGCUCGAAAUUAAAGUACCAGAGACAUAUCCCUUCAACCCUCCUAAAGUACGUUUUAUAACGAAAAUAUGGCAUCCUAAUAUAUCUUCCGUCACUGGUGCUAUCUGUUUGGAUAUUUUAAAAGAUCAAUGGGCUGCUGCCAUGACUCUGCGUACGGUAUUGUUGUCGUUGCAAGCACUGUUAUCAGCAGCAGAACCUGAUGAUCCCCAAGAUGCGGUAGUAGCUAAACAAUACAAAGAACAUCCUGAACUGUUUCGCCAAACUGCCACGCACUGGACAUUUGUAUACGCUGGCGAUGACAAGAUAAGGCGAUUAACAGACAUGGGAUCGAGGAGCACAAUGCGAGAGUCGCUCUAUCCUCGUAACUGGGAUUUGGAACGCGCCAAUGAGCACUGCCUCUUCAGUUAUAGUGAUAACUGCAUAGCUAAUCUGUCACAUCCACAAGCACCAACUCAUUUUACUAUUGAGAAUUUUCCUUGA